GAGGGGGAGAGGGAGAAAGCUUGGAGGCGGAGGAGACGGAGGAGGAGAGGGCGGUGACCGGAGCGAGAACAAGAGGAUCGGGAAUUAUUACCGGGAGAUGCUGAGAUCUGAUCCCUCGAAUCCUCUGAUACUAAGAAAUUACGGCAAAUUCUUACAUGAGGUGGAGGGAGAUGCGAAGAGAGCAGAGGAGUGUUACAGUAGAGCGAUACUGGCGAGUCCAAAUGACGGUGACGUGUUGUCUCUAUACGGGAAGUUGGUGUGGGAGACUCACAGGGAUGAGGAUCGAGCUGACGCUUACUUGCAAAGAGCAGUCGAAGCCUCGCCUGAUGACUGCUAUGUUUUGGGAUCGUAUGCGAGCUUCCUUUGGGACGCGGAGGAAGACGAUGAUGAAGAAGAAGCCACGUCGGCAGCACCGCCGUUGGUGGAGGCCUUUUGAUCUGCUGAUCCUUGAAACCAAACACUUUUUGUAAAUAACCCCUCAAAAGAACUAAUGAGUAGUAAUUUAUAAUCUAACAAAUAAGUUGACAGAGCCAAAAGGGUUGUGGUGGGGAGCUGUAGUUUUAGGCUGUGAAAGUCAAAA